AUGUUNUAUUUUGGGUGUCUUAAUGUGCAAUAUGUAUUCGACUCUGAAGAUUGUACUGGUAUAGUUAAAAGAAUAAAAUAUGAUUCAACAACAAAUACAUUUACUGGAUUUCCUUCAUUACUUGGUCGUGGAGUGCCAGUUAAAUCAUAUUAUCAGACUGACUCAUUUGAUGCAUUAAAAUUAUGGCUCAAUUCAAUUGAUAAAGCAUCGUUAUUGAAUGUACAUAUGAUUCAGCCAGUGCAAUCCACAGAUAAUAGCAGCAUACCAAGUCCUUAUCUAUUAUCAGCAUAUGGAAUUGACAAUACUGCAACAGCGAACGAUAUAUUACAGAGAUGGUGGUAUAUAUUUAAUCAAUCCUUACAAAGAAAUAUCAGAACCAUUGGUUUUUCUACUGGUCCGACACAUUUGAUAACCAAAUGGCGUAAUCGUUUAUCAUCAGCAACAGCAGAAUUAUGUCUCGGAAAUCAGCCUAUAUCGAUCAAUCAUUUGCAUGAUAUUAUUGAAAAUGAUACUUAUUCUAAACUUGAUCAUAGCCUAACAAAAUCUGACAUUAACCCUAAAGAUCGUCAAAACUUUAGUUCUUGUUUGAAAUUAACAUCAAAUGAUCUAUUCAAUAUUUUAAACGCUACUGUUGAUACUCGUGGAACCUUGCUUUAUUUUCAAGUGUUAAAAAUGAUUAUAGUAGCCUAUAUUGAAAAAACCACAACAAUAGUUGAAAACGAUGAUAACGAUGCAGAUGGAGAUGAAACAACAACUGAUCUCAACAUGAAUGAGGACAAUGAUGAUAGCUCUAUUAACAACGGUUACACUGAUGAAGAUGAACAAAAUAACACUCAAUAUUUAAUAAAUACUACAAAGAAAGACUUCUCUGGAGUAAAAGUAGCUGAUAAAGUGGAGCCUCAUAUUGAACAUAGCUAUUUUAAAGUGAAAUUCAAUCAUGAUACACAAUUUUUACACAAACAAACUGCUUGUUGGUUGUUAACAGAAGAGAAAAGUAAACUUUCAAAUGACCGAUUGCUUCGCGUGCAACAGGUCAUUAAAUGA